CAUUACAUCAUUCAUAUCACAAUUAUAACAAUUUUCCUGGAGGAACAGUUAUAAUUGGCUUCAAGCAUCUGAAAAGAAUAACUCCACUAACAGCAGCUCAAGAGUCAACCAUAGUAAUUAGUAUGAAACAAGUGAUGGGAAAGAGGUGCAAGUAUCAAGUGAGGUAUUUCUAUUCAAAAGGAGCAUUUCUUGUUCUAUUGUGGACUACACUUAUCAGUGCAACUGUGGGGUCAUAUCAAUUUGGAGGAAGGCUCAUCAUAGGAUCACAUCGGAAGAAUGUUUCUAUAGUGCUCGUGGCACUAUCAUGUUUAACUUGUAGUACCAUCCCACUGCUAGGGUGGUUAGCAGAUGCUAAACUUGGAAACUACAGAGUAUUUAAACUAAGCUGCUUUUUUUUACUAGUUGCAGCAAUAGUCAUUUCCAUCAAUGUUCUAUGCUUUCCCAUGCUAAACUCUGUUGCGCUACAGUACACAAGUGAUGUCAUCCUAGCACCAGUAUUCGCAGUGAGUGCAGCAAGUACAGCAGUUUGCUUAAUGACAGCCUUACAGCUUGGUCUAGAUCAAAUGCCAGAUGCUUCUUCCACUAACAUUUCAAGUUUUAUCAGUUGGUUUGUAUUUUCAAUUGUUUUUGGGUUCUGGAUUCCUGAGUUGCUAUUGUAUGCACUCCUUUAUUGCACACAUUCUUCGAGUCUCAACAUUUCACAAUUAUUCAGCUUAUUUCCAGUGACUUGUAUGGUUAUCAUUUGCUCUUCAAUGUUUUUGUUAGCUCCAAAAUGGCUAAUUAUAGAACCAAAGUCACCUCGAGCCCUCAAAACCAUCUACCAAGUUCUCAAGUUUGCAGCCAAGCACAAGGCUCCUAUUUAUCGCAGUGCUCUCACAUACUGGGAGGAAAAUGUACCCUCUAGACUGGACCUGGGGAAGACAAAAUAUGGUGGACCAUUCACUACUGAGCAAGUAGAGGAUGUGAAAAUCUUCCUAAGAAUACUUGUGACGUCUUUACCAAUAUUUAUCAUUUUAACAGCACGUGGGUAUAUGAAUCCACUCAGUUUCAUAGUUGACAGUAAUGUGAGAAAGAUUAGCAUAGAAGUACUGCAUCUUAUCAACCCCAACAUCACCGAAUGUAUGUCAAGUGUCGUAUACACUUUCAGUUUCAACUGUUUGUGGAGUGGUAUUGUUACAACAGUUGUCUACGAAUUUGCAUUGUAUCCGUUUCUAAAAAAAAAAGUAACCAGCUCUAUUCGGCGAAUUGGAGCUGCGGCUUUAUUUAACAUGCUACUGAAUAUUCUAUAUUUGGCUGCACAAUUCUGUCCACAUGUAUGGGGAUCAGUUCUACAUUGUGUCGUGGAAUUUUUCAGUGGCAUCAUGUUUGUACUCAUACUAAAUGGCAUACUGGAAUUUGUGUGUGCCCAGUCACCAUACAACAUGCGAGGACUUCUGACUGGCUACAUGAUGUUUCUAUCGUUUCUCUCGCUAUCUCUGAACAUCUUUAACGCAUUACUACUAUAUUCAAAUCAUAUACAUGCACAUCACAUUGUCCCUUCAAUAUCAACUGCACUGAGUGUGAUUGGAUUGGUCUUGUACUGCCUCCUGGCUCGCUGGUAUAAGAGGAGAGUUAGAGACGAGGACUACAAUGCACACAGAGUGGUGGAGGAGGUCUAUGAUCGAUACCUCUCUCAUGUACAGAAUAACUGUGUGCCUUAAGAGUGAGAGUCAAGGACAACAUGAGUCACAUGACUGAACUGACUACACUCAUGCAUGCAUAACGUACUAUCUGUUUCUAAAUCACCACAAGUUUAAACAUUUAGUUUCAAUGUUAUUUUGUUAUUCUGUGUUUAAAUACCCUACAAUAUAAACAAGGUUACGUGUACACAGCU